AUGAUCAAGAUUUGGAUGUCAGAUAUCCAAAGAUCACCCUCGACUCAGGAGGUCAAACUCAGCUCAGACUCUCUUGAAAUCGAGAGAGAAACGGUGCAAGAAUCCGAGGAGCAUGCUUCACACUUGGAAGAUGAGAAGACGGCAACCAAGGAGCAUGGGAACGAAAGCUUUCAUGCUUCACAUGACAAGGCUACAAUGGACGCGAGAGCCUCGGAGAUUGAAGAGUUCUCCCGCUUUAGGACUAUGCUCCAGAGCUCCUUUCUGAGCUACAGAUCUCCAAACACAACUCCAAAGCAAUACAUCAACCAUGUUCAGCUUUUGGAGUCCUUCAAAGAUCUCUCAGAGGCGAUUGGUGACCCCAAGACCUUCAGCAUCCCCAACAAGAAUUGUGCGUGCAACCAGUCGUUCCCUUCAGCGAUGAAGAGUGACGUUGCCUCCAAGAACUCUUCUCACAGUCAUUCUUCGUCUCUACGAUGCGAGUGCGAAGGUGUGCACGGUAUACUAGAGAUGCACGAGAAUGGGCCUUCCCAGAAGGGGGUCAAGGUGCGAUGCAUGAUCCGAAGACAUCAAGGAAAGAUGACUCUCGGUAUCUUCCAUGGCAACUACCUUGCAUCGGAGAUGGGGUACAUUUUGCUGGAGGAGGCAUAUGUCACAAGCCACCUUGAGAAACCCCACAUGUUUGCUAUCGGACUGUGUUCAGCAGGAGAGUACUUGACGGAUUCCGAGAUCUACUUCUUCUGCAAGACGAGCAGGUCUCGGGACAAGUGGGUCGAAGCUCUGAUCAAGGCUGGAUGCAGAGGCAAAAGCUUCUUCCCCAAGAUAUCCAAGACUCAAUCCCUUAAGUGA